UCGGGCAGGCUUCGGGUCUCCGUUCGGUUCUCGGGUCAGCAUUGCUUAAUGUUCGUCUGAUAUGACAGUGUUUUGGAAGAUAUUUUAAUGUCUGACGGCGAAGCGUCCCAACUUGACAGAGUUAUGUUGCGUGAUUUUGUGUAAUAUAGCUUUAACGGAGCGGUUUGAUCAGUUUUUGUCUGGGGUGGACCCACCUUAAUAUUUUGUGUGGCCGCUUGACGGCCUCCCACUGCAACCGUGGCAUCCCAAGCAGAUCAUCCCCUUCAUUCUACUGCUCAGCACUUUCCAUGGACUGUCAACAACACUAGCUGUACCCUGGAUCAACUAGAUCGGCAAUCAUCCAGCCCAAACCUGAUUGAGCUGGGGGAACCUCGCAUUCCAGCUGCUCCCCAGCAGCGCGAGGUUCCCCCUAGCCUGAGAAAUAGAGGUGUCUGUGAUUCUCCUCAACACAACGGUGGGUCUUUGUCCCCUGCCUCAACAAGUGGCGCAAGCAUGCCUCUGCGGGACUCACCAGAGGCAUCUAGCACUGCCAGUGACUCGCCCACUCCAAAGAACAGCAUUCAGGACUCUCACUGGCAUGGCUUAGUCAGUGAAGAGCGUUGUCAGCUUCUUGGCACUGAAGAGGAAUCCUCUGACAGGCACAGUAGUGCAAGUGAAAGUGAACAAGAUGAUACUUCAUGGCCACCAUGGACAAUAACACCUGAGCAGCGAGAAUACUAUUGUGCUCAGUUUCGAGCCUUACAACCUGAUAUGAAUGGCCUUCUUGCUGGUCCAGAUGCACGUCGCUUUUUUGAGAAAUCUCGAUUAUCUGUUCAUGAAUUGAGAAAAAUUUGGCAACUAGCUGAUGUUACAAAAGAUGGGGCUUUGUCCCUGGAAGAAUUUAAAACUGCAAUGCAUUUGGUGGUACUGCGGCGCAAUAACAUAGAUCUCCCAGACAAACUUCCUCCAUCUUUAGUUCCUUCCAUUCCACCUAUUGCUCCUGUGCCUCCACCUCCAUCAAAAACCAGUGCAGAAAAAGUAAAUCCUGGAUCAGAAGAGAGCCUUGCUCUUUCUAAUGUUUCACCUCAGCAACCUGAUACUAGCUCACCCCAGAAAGGAAAAGACGUAUCUAAGUGGACGAAGUUUAUGGAUUCUCCAACCAGUUCAGUGUCCUCACCAGGACCAAAACCAGUUAACUUUGAUUUUCACAAAUCUGCUGUGGAACAGGAUCCUAAGAUUUUGCAUCCAGUACCUUUGAGGCUUACCCCAGAAUCCCAGAACCUAGCUGCAGGUGCAGAUGAUGGUGGCGAUCCUUGCCGUUCACCUCGACGAUUAACCAGUGAUCCUGUGCAUGAUAACGAUUCUAUCAUUGCCCCACCUGAUAUCAGACCUAUACAACGCCCUCAGCCAAAGAAACCUGCUGCUCCGGGACCAGGUGCUAUACCUCCCCCUCCCCCUUCACAAGUUGCUUCAAUUUCUGUAUCUGAGGGAUCAUCCACGUCAAAUUCAUCUGGAUUUUCUAUGUCUGGCCCAACUAGUCUGCCCAUGGGCUUGAAGAAGGAUCCUCCUCCACCUCCUCCUCCAAGACCACACCGCACCCAUGCUAGGAGCUCUUCCCUUGAUCUCAAUCGAUUAGAUCCAACAUCUGGAAAAAAUAUAGCUUUACUGGGUGCUCCACCUAUGGUUCCACCUCGUGUUUCUCCUAGCACGAUGGGAGCUCCGAGGAAACUGAUAGGGCAACAUAGUGAGGGAGCUGAUCCAUUGCAUCAAGGUUUUGCUGAUUUUGCUCAGUUUGAUUCUCAACCUGAUGGUGAUGCAUUCCCUCGGCGUCAUGGAGCUUUUGAAAUUUACCGCAAACCAACACCAAAAAACUCCGCAAUAGGUCACGACAAUUCGGAACUAGUUGAAAACCUACUUAAAAUGAAAUCUAACAGAUCUGUUCAGGCAGAAAAGCUGUCUGUGCAACAACUACAAGAGAAAAAUACUGCUCUCCUACGUACUUGCCAUUUGUUAAGCCUGGAGCUAGCUGAAGUUCAAACAGAAAAGGCAGAGCUGGAAAUUCAACUUGAGCAGCUUCGCGCGUCACUUCCACAAUAAGGGAGAGUUUGCCUGCCAAUUUUAUGUUUUUUCCCUUUUUACUGUUAUUUGUUUAUUUUACAUUUUACCACUAUUGUAUUAUCCGUCAGCCCUCGGACACCUCUUUCAUGUGAAUUUUAUGUUUGUGUUUAAAAUCAUUUAACAGACAAAGUGAUCGUGUUGCAUGCAUUUUUAAUUUUAAAAUGGUUAUUUUGUGACUCACUUGUGUUUCUGUAUGUCUGUAACUUUACUCAUUUCAAUCAACUCAUGGUCAUGUACUUGGGAUUCUCUGCUUGGCACAUAGUUGCUCUCCUAAUAAUGUCCUACUACACUCCUAUUGUACGCAUGCCACCAAUUAGUAUCAGGUUUACAACACAUGAGCAUUCAAUUAAUUUUUAAUGAGUUUUAACUGCAAUGUACCAAAAUCUACUGUUGCCAAAUGAUCUUUUGACUUGUUUUGUCUCUCAUGACUUCAAUUAGUGGGUGAUUUUCAUCAGCAGUACUCCCAUUAUUCCCUUAAAUUUUGUUGUGAUGAUUGAUAAUAGUUAUUGAUAUGUGCACAUUCUUGUAAAUUUUAUUUCUCACUUACGUUGCCUUUGACUAGGAACUGUAUACUUAUAGAGUUGUCCUUUACUUGGUAAAGCCAAGAUCUUGGACCCUUAAGAGGGUCUUACAUGAAGAAAUCACAGAACUGUUGAAUCAUGUUGUUGAGAAAUUCUGCUGAUGGGUGGGGGAGGCCAUGAUGUCCAGAAUUAUGUCCCUUGGCCCCGAUUUAAUGAAAAAUCCCAAGUUGCUCCUGACAAAAUCAAAGUUUGUCAAAAGAAAAACAAAGCAGAUGUAAAUCUUGAAAACUUAGGGGAUUUGUCAACGACAACCAAAGAGGGAGGGGCAAUUCUGUAUUUUAAACGAAUAGAUUGGAUUGACUCUUCAUCAAUUUGCUGUGAUCUGUCGAAAUUAGAGAGAUUUUCUUGUUUCCCUUUAUAAAGUUGUAAAUAGUUAGAACUAAAAAUAAUUUUGUAUAAUUUCAUUUUUAACAUCAUCAUUUUACACAAGUUUUGCAAGUAUUAUUAAAUUUUUGAGUGGAUUUAUGGCAGUGUAAUUUAACCACUUGCAUGAGUUACCAUUUCAUCUUAACCCCUAUACAAGGCCCCUGUUUGCAACACCCAUUUAGUGAGAACAGCCCAAAAUUAGAAGUUUUUGUUUGAGAUUGUUUUCUCAUGUUGUGGAAAUCCUUCCUCUCUUUAUUUCAUUGCAUGACUGUGAUGAAACACUACUUUUCUCCAAACUUUUGCAACAAUGUUUUACAGAAACAGUUUACUCAACUGACCAUAUCUGGAAGAGUCUGACUGGAGCCUCUAAAGCAUCUCUUCCUAUCAUUUUUCAUGUCACAUAAUGAGCAGGAAUAUGUGACAGCUCUUUUGAUGACUGUGUAGUUCAUAGCAAUAUCCCUGUAAUUCUUUAUUUGAUUAUCAAUGUAGAAAGUGUAGGCAAAGACCUCCUUUAUUCUGCUUUGAACAGUGCAGAAUAAGGUUUCUGAUAUAUUUUGUUGUACAUUUUCAUAUUUAAAGUUAAGAGUGAUUAUAAAUACAGUAUGUUUUCUCAAGCGCCCUUACAUAAUUUGUUUGCUUGUUAGUAUACCAUGCGUAUUUUAUCCAUUACUGCUGUUAUUUUAACAAUUAUUUAGUUGAUAGUACUUGCCCUAUCCAAUUGAGUAUUUCAUCAGUUACGUAAUUGACCUGCUGAGUGAAUGUACCCCGCACAUUGUAUUUUCCUUAUAGUGUGUGCCAUGAACAGGCUGCCCCUGUGAUGUUUUUGAGCCAUAAACAAUUUUAUUAAUUAUCUGGAGUACUCCUGCGUGAUUGGCAUGUUCUAGGAUGAUUCCCAGUAAGCUUGCAGGUUUAGAUUUUUAAAUGUAAUAAUGUAAUACUUCAGACUUUUAGGAGACUCAUUUUGAAUACUAUAUUGAGACCAAUUUUGUGUCGAAUGCUGGAAUUACAAGUAAACUUUGUAUCCCUUGUGACUUAAACAGGCAAAUAGAUUAUUUUGGUUCAGCAACUAUCAAGAAAUAUUUUGCUAAAUCUUAAUAUAAUUAAGUAUAGAAAUGGUUACAACAGUAAGGGAUCACUAACUUGAAAAUUGUAGUGUUUCUAAUGGCUAAACAUAAUUAAAUUGUACUAGGUCCCAGCCUUGAAAUUAUGACUUCUUCCAUAAUGAAUACAGACCUUGUGUAGUGAACCACCUAGAUUAGAUGCGACACACAAUUUUUUUGUGAAAAUGCGUCAAACCCUGUUUUGUUUGUUACUGCAGCGACUGUGAAAACGAGAGGAUGGAACAAUUAUAAAUUUAUAAAUAUAUAUAUUA